UGCGGGCGCGGCUGGGCUGGGCGCGCCUGGCGCUCCGCGGGGCCGCGCUGAGCCGCGCCCCGGCCCCGCCGUGCUGGAGCUGCGGAGCUCCGCUGCCCAGCAGCGAUGGGCCGCUCCACUUCUGCCCCGGCUGCCAGGCUCUGCAGCCGCCGGCGCCGCGGCCUGACCUCUUCCGCCUGAUGGACUGCGACCGCUCGUUCCGCAUCGACCCGGGGCAGCUGCAGCGGCGGUUCCGGAGCCUGCAGCGCGCCGUGCACCCCGACCGCUUCGGCAAGAGGCCGCCGAAAGAGCAGCACUACUCUGAGCAACACUCUUCCCUGAUCAACAAGGCCUACCAGACCCUGCUGAACCCUCUGAGCCGCGGCCUCUAUCUACUGGAGCUGAGUGGGGUGGAGCCAGCAAAAGAGACAGACUGUGAUACAGACUCAGCGUUCCUUAUGGAAGUCAUGGAAAUUAAUGAGAAACUAGCAGAGUCCAAAAACAAGGAUAACCUUGAAGAAAUUGAAACUUCAAUUAAAGUUAAGCAAGAAGAACUGACCAGAGAGGUGACUGCAGCUUUUGAAAAAGAUGAUCUUCAGGAAGCCAAGAAGCUGCUAGCAAAAAUGAAGUAUUUUGCAAACAUAGAGGAUAAAAUAAAGGCCAAGAAGAUCCCUUCCUGAUGUUGCCUUCUUAGCUAUUAACAGUUAGUGUUAUUUUCAAUUAAACAAAUGGUUUUGUUACCAAAAUCAGA